AUGAUGUCCCUGAUGUUUCUUCUCCACUUUGGCAAUGUGGUGAAGCUCAUGAAUGGCAUACAACAUGUUCAGAGACUUUCUUUUAAUACUGAUACACUCGAGGUGCUUGCUCUAAUCUGUGACUCGAUGCCAGUGUUCAACAACGUCAAAUUCUUAGGUGUUUCGGGUGAAGAAGGUCGAGAUAAAUGUGGGGAUGCUUGUCCCUGCAUUUCUAGUGAAGACAGAGGACUUUCACUCAAGUCUUGUCCAGUGAAUAGGUUAGAGAUUCAAGGGUUUCGAGGAACAAUGAAAGAGAUGACCAUUAUAAAGCAUUUCUUGGACUUUUUGCCGAGUUUGAAGAGGUUUGACGUCUUCGUUGAAGAUGAUGAACCUACACAGCUCAGAAACGCUGAAUUGUCUAACUGUGUCACGGAGAUGUUCGCACUCUACGACAAGUUGUUUCCGAGUAGCAAUGUCCAGCUCCUGGUUAGUGAUUACUUGGAGAAGAAGUGGAAAGAACAAGGACAUAUCUGA